AUGAUUCCAACAAAUAAAACAGCGAUUCAAAUAUGGAUAAUCUUUCAACUAUUCAACAUUAUACCUUUAUUCUUUUUAUGUCUCCAAUUUCUUUAUAAAGGGAAACAUUAUACUAUGGCUUGCCUUAGUUUAACCACGAUAUUUGAUUGCAUAAUAAGUGUACCCAUUGCUUUGAAAUAUCAUUUCAUUGACACCGCUCCUGUAAUUUCGGCACCAACAAACGAUCCUCUUACCAAUAAUGAUACUUACUCUACAAAUAAUACCGACAUGGAAUAUUGGAAUACAUCCUCUUCUUCUACGACAAUGUCACUGAUCUUUACAAACAACACUAAUUUAGACCCUAUUUGUAUUGCUCAAGCUUUCGCAUUAUAUUCUACACACCUGAGUAUUGGAUUUUGGAUAUUUUGUCUGAUGAUUAAUAUGUGGUUGCUAUUGGUUAAAGCUACAAACGAUAUUGAGAUGAAAUGGUUCAAGAUUCACAUAAUAUUCUCUUGGUGUGUUCCUUUAUUCUUAACUUUCGCUGCAUUCAUGCUUCUAAAUUCGCAAGUCAACUUCGGUGUUACAUCAUCCUACUAUCAAUGUAUAAUCUCAGAUGGUCUUAUUCAUAUUGCCACAAGCCAUAUUCCUUUCUUGCUGUGCAUGUUCAUAGGUCUUGGUUUAGGCGCUCAUGCGUCAUGGGCAUUGAUAACGUACCGAACAAAAUUCUCCAGGGAGCGUAAAGCAAACAAAUUAAAAAUUCCGACAGGGUUGUGCGUAAGAAUGAUCCUACUUUGCAUUCUUUUUUUUAUUUUGCUUUCCAUAAAAAUUGACUUACUCACGAUCAUAAAUGCGAUUGCAAUGUCCCCAAUUUGUCAAAAACUUUCCAUAUUAAUACCACAUAUAAAUGCUUAUUUCAACACAAUAUUAACAUUUGGUCUCUUCUUAAUAUUUGGUACAACUAAAGAAGCUUUACGAUCUUUAUUUCUUUGUACAUGUUGUUUCAAUAUAUGCGGCUGUUCAAAACCCCGUAAUCGGUCAUCGAUUUCCACUUUUAUUGGUAAUGAUCCUUCAAAUAUAAAUAAUAUAAUAUCAAUAGUUGCAGAUGAUGAAAUAAAUGGGGAUGUUGAGAUAGAUCAAAUGAUGGAAAUGACAAUUGUUGAGUCUCCACCUAGUACUUUUGGAAAUUUAAAAAGAACAAUGUCAUUCAGUAAAUAUAAAAUAGGCGACGAUGUUUUAAAAUUUGAAGAAUUUGGAUUGAGUCACGUGUUUAGAAACUAUAGCAUUAGCAGAAAUGGUCGUCACAAUUGUAGAGGGAGUCGUUGUAAAUUAGGUAUUACGGGUAGAAAUGGAGGUGAUGGGACAAUUAGUAGUGUUAAAAGUUUUAAUAGAUAUAUUGAAAAUCAACAGAACGAUAGAAACGGAGGAAAUGAACAUAUAAACGACAAUAACACAGUCGAAAAUAAAAACACUAUAGGUUUGACGAAUGACCAAAUAAUUUCUGAUACUUCACCUUCGACAUCAGCACCAUCACAGCUACCACUACCACCGCCGCUGCCCGUUCCUUCCGUGCAACCCAGAACUCCAGG